CACUCGGUGGCAGCAGGUUUGUGAGAGCUGCAGCCAGAGGAGGAGGAGGAGGAAGAAGGAAGGAAGGAGGAGGAAUCGGAGCGAGAGAAACAGUGUGGCUGCAGUCAGGAGGGACAUAAACACAGAGAGAGGAGGAGAUACAGAGAGAAGGUUUCCCCUCCUCAUCUCACUGACCCAUGAAAGAAGCCAUGCCGGUUCUCACAGCAGGAGCGGGGCUACAUGAAACGUUGGCCCUGCUGACAUCUCAGCUGCGGCCCGAUGCCAACCACAAAGAGGAUAUGGUGUUCCUCAAAGAUGUCUUCAGUGAGAGGAGUUUGGGAUACCUCAUGAAGAUACAUGAGAAGCUGAGACAGUAUGAGAGGCAGAGCCCAACACCCGUCCUCCACAGUGCGUCUUCUCUGGCAGAGGAUGUGGCAGAGGAGCUGCAGAGUGGACCAAUGAGCACAGAAGAGAAGGAACUGCUGCACCUGCUGACGUCACCACAUCUCAAGGCUGUUCUCUCGGUGCACGACACUGUGGCCCAGAAGAACUUUGACCCUGUUCUGCCACCGCUGCCAGAUGACUUUGAAGAUGAGCUGGAGGAGGAGUCUGUGAAGAUUGUCAGGCUGGUGAAGAACAAGGAGCCUUUAGGAGCCACUAUCAGGCGUGAUGAUGCCACUGGGGCAGUGAUUGUCGCUCGGAUCAUGAGAGGAGGUGCAGCUGAUCGAAGCGGUUUGGUCCAUGUAGGAGAUGAACUCAGGGAGGUCAACGGUGUCUCUGUCAUCCACAAGAGGCCCGAUGAGAUCAGUCAGCUGCUGUCCCAGUCCCAAGGCUCCAUCACGCUCAAGAUAAUCCCUGCCAUUAAAGAAGAGGACCGACUGAAGGAAAGCAAGGUAUACGUGCGGGCCUUGUUUGACUACAUCCCAUUGGAAGACAAGGCCACGCCCUGCCAAGAGGCUGGACUUCCCUUUAAACGGGGAGACAUACUGCAGGUUGUGACCCAGGACGACGCAACGUGGUGGCAGGCCAAGCGUGUGGGAGACAGCAACCUGCGAGCUGGACUUAUCCCCUCCAAACAGUUCCAGGAGAGGCGACUGGCCUACAGGAUGAAAGUGGGCACACUCCCGAAUCCAAAAUCCCCUAAAAAGCCUGUCUAUGAUCAAGGAUGUGAUAAAGAGGACUGUGACUGUGAGGGCUAUUUCAAUGGACAGUACAUAGUCUCUCCUAAGUGUAAAGCAGUGGCGCCCUCCUGUGGCCAGGUGUUUUCCUGGGAAUUUUAUUCAGCUGGUUUACGGAGGAGUUUCCGGCUGAGUCGUAAAGACCGACAGGGAUCAUCUGGAGAGGGCUCUGAUCCUGGAGACCCCGACUUCCUGACCUACGAGGAGGUGACCCGCUACCAACAGAGGCCCAAUGAGAGGCCCCGUCUGGUGGUUCUGAUUGGGUCUCUUGGAGCAAGAAUCAAUGAACUCAAACAGCGGGUGAUUGCUGAAAACCCUCAUCGUUAUGCAGUGGCUGUACCGCAUACAACCAGGCCCAAGAAGCCUCAUGAGAAGGAUGGGGUAGAGUACCACUUUGUCACCAAACAGCAUUUUGAUGCAGAUGCUUUGAAUAACAAGUUCAUAGAGCAUGGGGAGUACAAGGAGAACCAGUAUGGCACCAGUAUAGAGGCCAUCCGCUCUGUACAGGCCAAGAACAAGAUGUGUAUUGUAGAUGUGCAGCCUGAGGCCCUGAAGAGGCUGCGGACAGCAGAGUUCAAGCCGUAUGUUAUCUUUGUCAAACCUCGUGUUCCUGAGAGCAGACGUCGUCGCAGUGCAGCCACCUCACCAGGUGGGGGCGAUCAUGGCCGUAUUACAGAUGAGGACCUCCAGGAGAUGCGUCAGUCUGCCAUCCAGAUUGAUCAGCAGUAUGGACACCUGGUGGACCGGGUCCUGAUCAAGGAGGACUCAGCCAGUGCUUGUGCAGAACUAAGAGGUAUUUUGGAAAGACUGGAGCGAGAGUCCUUCUGGGUGCCUGUCAGCUGGGUGCGGACCUAAACAUAACAACCACGCUUCCAGAGGAACGUCUGCGCCCCAAAACCCUGCGCUGGUAAUCGUGAGAUGAUAUGAUCUCCUCCCCUCCCCCCUCAACGCUCGCAGGCUCUGAUAGGCCUGCUGAACUCCCUCCACAAGACUGACACAGGGCUGGUCAGCCAAAAACCGAGGAACCAAAGGGAGAGGAUGACGUCAGAGGAAUACCUCCAUUCUGCAUCAGGUUCUGAACACUACUUACUCAUUUAGUUUUCAUUUUCUUGAAAGAUGGAUGCUGCAGCUUCCCCUUGUUCUCUGGAAAAAAUAGUUAAGUGAAUGCAUUAUUUUUGUUCUCUAAACCAUAUAUAUAUAUUUCAACUAGACAAAUCCAAAUGGAAUGUGACAUUUUUAUUUUCUACAAGACUGUUUUUAGGAAACGCAUGACAACUUAUUUAAUGUAAAUGUUACUCUUCGUGUGCCAACGGAAAGAUCUUGUAGCACUUCAAUGCAACCUGUUUACCCUCUGUGUGGACGGACGUGCCACUGUGUGUGUUCACAGACAGGAAUGGAUUUUGUACAGUUUCCUUGCACAUAUCUGUAUUUUUGAACGAAGGUGGCAUUGGUACCAAAUGUCCUUUUACUGUUUACCGUCAUGAGACAUAUUAACAGCUUUUUAAGCAUGUGAUAAUUAUAAGAAAAACAUUGCCGAAUUGGUGAAAACAAUUGUUACACAGAGCUCUAUUUAGGCCUAAACCCUGACACUGAUAUUUUUUAAACACAUUGCAAUUUUUCCAUCCACUGAUUCAAACGUUUAAGAUAGAACCUAGUCUCUCAGGGCCAAAAACGCAAAACUGGAUACUAGCUUCAGAACAAGGAAUCCUUUCACAGGAGAAAUGAUUGUAGCAACAAGGAGCUCCUUCCUGUGGAUCACAGUAUCAUACUGAGACUAGAAACUAAUCAGGACGUACAGACAGUAGAUCAGAUGAUUCCAAAGCCACUGGCCUCUCACUCCUACACGUCAUUUCAUUGAAUGUGAGUAUCUGCGUGGAAAAAAUAAAACCGUUUCCUGGUCUAUUCUGUUCUUUUAUAAACAUGCAAUGUUGUUCUUGAUUUAUGUGCUGAGUUUGUAACCUCACAUGUACAAAGUGCCAUAAUAAAGCUAGCGGAAUCAAA